CCGCCCAGGGACGCCGGCCCCCCCCCGGUUGCCUAGGCGACGAGGAGCCGCGUCUCUCCCGCGAGAUCAUGGCGGCGUCGCUGGGAACCAUUCCCGGGGGAGCGACCCCUUCGGGGGCAACCCCGGCGGGAACCACGCCCGAGUCGGAGAGAAAUGCCGAAUUCCAAGAGCAUGAAAAGAUUCUGUCUCCAGAUUUUCUUUCAGUUUCCCAGAUCACUGAUAUGCUGACAGAGGACGCAGAUGGAGUUCAAGAAAAAUUGGGAGCAUUUUUAAACUUCAAAAAUCUUCAGACUUGUUUAAAGGAUGCCAUUAUACUAGAUUAUUAUGUUUCUGGAUUUUUGUGGGCUAGAGGAAUGAACUUUUCUAUUGUUCAACAUUCAAAAUUUAUGACUUUACUAGAUAUGUUACUUCAUAAUCUUAGGACACUACAUAUGUCCUUGGAGGACAGUAUAAAAUGGCUUGGGGAAGUUAUGGCUGAAAUAGGACCAACCCACAUACAAAAACCUGAAGAAUGGAUUAUCUUUGAUGUAAAGCAAGCCAAUGCUAUCAUUGAUUACUUAAAAAUCAGCUUAUUUCAACACUACAAACUAUAUGAGUUUAUGUUCUAUUCUGCCAGGGAAGAAAUCGUGAUAGGAACUGAGGAAGUGAUAGAGGUUGUCAAGCCUGCAAGUAGCCCUUUUCCAGAUCCUCUGGAAGAAGGAAUCUCAUUUGAGAUUUAUUCAAAAUUCAUAGAGCCACCCCUAACAAUGGAUACAGAAAUGAAGGGGCUGGAUCAAGAACAAGCCUCUGAGGAGUCCCAGUCAGAAACUGACACUUCAGACAUGGAUCUUUUAGCUGGUUUCACCAUUGAAGAUAUAAAAUCAGUGCUGGAUCAAGUCACAGAUGACAUUUUUACCAGUAUUCAGGGAGGAGUCGACUGUUGCUGUUCUCUGCUACAUUAACAUUCCCGAGGACCACCCCUUCUUUUCCUUAGAAGAGGAUGUUUUAUUGUCAUGAGCCUCCAAAUUACUGGCGAAGGGAGAAUCUGACAUAUGUUCCUGGUCAUGGGGGCUCAAGGGAGGACAGGCGCAACAUACUCAAUCGAUUAGCCAAAAGGAACAGGCUUUGAUGUCAGGGCACAUUUCCAAAUUUCAUUUAAGACUCAAACGAUCUGGGGGAAAUCAAAGUUCUCAAUCAGAAUUUCUGUCCCACUCCUUCGGGUGUAGACAUGACCAGAGGAACCUGUGUUAACUAUUUGUGUUGAUCACUCACUCUAAGAAUGUGCUCCUUUUCUCCACCCGUUCAACCUGAGGCCUCUUAAGAAGAUGGAGAGCUUCAUUCAUCAUUUUCUUCUUGCCACGUGCAUUUCUUCCUUCUUGGUCAUGUGUGUUAAGGAAAUGCAGCUUAGCAUUGCCGAAGAGACAUUGUUUUGUAGCAGCUCUCUCCUUGGCAUGGCCUCCUAAGAAGGUCUGAUUAUUAAAGUGUUACAGUCACACCCUAUGUUUUGUACCCCCUCUAAAUCAGCUGAAGACUGGAUUGGAAUUGGGAAAGGAACUGA